AUGAGUAGUGACCAGCAGUCGAACAACCAGAAGAUACGGCAACGAAAAGCAGUGGAAGAGUUCCAGGAUCAGUACUUUGCUACUGCUCGUGAGCUAUCGGACAGGCAAAUUUCAAAAGCGGUUGCUCCGCUGCAGCAGCGAGUUUGUUUUUGUUGCAUGGAGUCAGCCAACUAUUUUUCUGAAAAGCGUCACCAUUUCUUGUGUAGAGACCUGGGAUCACCAGUAUCGAGUGGGAAUGGAUAG